GCUGCGGGGACAGCGCGGGGACAGCGCGGGGACAGCGCGGGGACAGCGGGGGACAGCGGGGGACAGCGGGGGACAGCGCGGCCCUCGGGGCACCGGGAUGGGCGGACGGUGCCGCAGGACGGUGGCAAUGGCAUCAGAUGAGCGGCUUGCCCGCUUCCGCCAGGCCCACCUGAACCCCUUCAACAAGACCCCCGAGCAGCCGGAGCGCCCCGACGGAGAAUCCCCUGCCCCAGCCCAGCAGCCGGAUCCCACCCCCGGGGACCCCGAGGGCGCCCUGGACCUGGGGCUGGCCGAGGACCACUUCUCCCGCCCCGUGGGGCUGAUCCUGGCGUCGGACGUGCCGCAGCUGCGCCGGGCCAUUGAGGAGUGCAAGCGGGUGAUCCUGGCACUGCCCGAGCACUCGGAGCGGCAGAAGGACGCUGUGGUCCGGCUCAUCCACCUCCGCCUCAAGCUGCAGGAGCUGAAGGACCCUGGUGAGGAUGAGCCCAACAUCCGGGUGGUCCUGGAGCAUCGUUUCUACAAGGAGAAGAGCAAGAGCGUCAAGCAGAUGUGUGACAAGUGCAGCACCAUCAUCUGGGGGCUCAUCCAGACCUGGUACACCUGCACAGGCUGCUACUACCGGUGCCACAGCAAGUGCCUGCCGCUGGUGAGCCGGCCGUGCGUGCGGGCCCAGGUGAGCCAUCAGGCCGAGUACCAGCUCAGCAUCUGCCCUGAGAGCGGACUGGACAGCCAGGACUAUCGCUGUGCCGAGUGCCGGGCCCCCAUCUCCCUCCGGGGGGUGCCCAGCGAGGCCCGGCAGUGCGACUACACCGGCCUCUACUACUGCUCCAGCUGCCACUGGAACGACCUGGCCGUGGUGCCCGCCCGUGCCAUCCACAACUGGGACUUCGAGCCCCGCAAGGUGUCACGGUGCAGCAUGAGGUACCUGGCACUGAUGGUGUCUCGGCCGGUGCUGAAGCUGAAGGAAAUCAACCCACUGCUCUUCAACUACGUGGAGGAGCUGGUGGAGAUCCGGAAGCUGCGCCAGGACAUCCUGCUGAUGAAGCCCUACUUCAUCACCUGCAAGGAGGCGAUGGAGGCGCGGCUGCUGCUGCAGCUGCAGGACCGGCAGCACUUUGUGGAGAACGAUGAGAUGUACUCGCUGCAGGACCUGAUCGACAUCGAGGCCGGGCGCCUCGGCUGCUCCCUCACCGAGAUCCACACGCUCUUUGCCAAGCACAUCAAGCUGGACUGUGAGCGCUGCCAGGCCAAGGGCUUCGUCUGUGAGCUGUGCCGGGAGGGCGACGUGCUCUUCCCCUUCGACAGCCACACCUCGGUCUGCGCCGACUGCUCUGCCGUCUUCCACAGGUACCGACUCGCUGGGGCGGGAUAUGGGGACAGGGGGGUGGCAGGGGGUGACCCAACACUGUCCCCCCCCUCUAGGGACUGCUACUACGACAACUCCACCACCUGCCCCCGGUGCGCCCGGCUGAGCCUGCGGAAGCAAUCCUUGUUCCAGGACUCUGGCACGGAGUCAGAGCCCUGAGGGGGGUUUGGCCCCAUUGUGGAGUCUCAGGCCCGAGACUGCCCCCCACCCACCACAGAGCCCUGGGAUGGGCACAAUCAACCCAGUGGUGGUUUGGGGACUGGGGUGGCCCUGGCUCUGGGAUCCUCUGCUCAUGGAAAUGGCAGCACUGCCAGGAGGGAAUCACUGCUGGACCCCAGCCAUUCCCGGGAGCAUGGAGAGCCUCACCGCAGGGGCCAGGAUCGGGUUAACUGGGAUCCGGUUAAGGCUCCACAGCGGCUCCUGCCGCCCCUGCCUGGAACCGGGCUGCGGGCAGGGAUGGGGUGCAGGGCUGGCGGCGCUGCAGGUGCUGUCAGGUGCUGACCGAGUCCCUCCCACACACUACACUGAGCUCUGGUCCCUCCCCAGCCCACGGCACCACCGUUACCGGGGCCGAGCCCCGGGGGGAUGUUGCGGGAUCUUCCCCGGGCUGGACCGGGUGCGGUGUGGAGCCGCUGCCUCCCCUUCUCCCCGGUGAUUCCUGUAGCAUUAACGAGCCUCUUUGCGCAA